AGCGGCGGCGGCGAGGAUGAAGUGCAAGCCGAACCAGACGCGGACCUACGACCCCGAGGGCUUCAAGAAGCGCGCCGCGUGCCUGUGCUUCCGCAGCGAGCGCGAAGACGAGGUGCUCCUGGUGAGCAGCAGCCGCUACCCCGACCGCUGGAUCGUGCCCGGCGGGGGCAUGGAGCCCGAGGAGGAGCCGGACGGCGCGGCGGUGCGCGAGGUGUACGAGGAGGCGGGAGUCAAGGGGAAGUUGGGCCGGCUGCUUGGCGUCUUUGAGCAGAACCAGGACCGCAAGCACCGGACCUACGUGUUCGUGCUCACCGUCACCGAGCUGCUGGAGGAUUGGGAAGACUCGGUCAGCAUCGGCAGGAAGCGAGAGUGGUUCAAGAUCGAAGAUGCCAUCAAGGUCCUCCAGUGCCACAAGCCCGUGCAUGCCGAGUACCUGGAGAAACUGAAGCUGGGCGGCUCCCCAUCUAAUGGAAACUCGGCCGCCCCGUCCCCGCCGGAGAGCGAGCCCUAAUGAACAGAAACCAUGUUCCAGAUUACACUGAAAUAAAAUCAUUGAUGUGAAUCCAGUAUUCAGUGGUAUUGUCAAGUUCACCGGAGCACUUUUAAGGUUCCCUGGAAGACCGCCCAUCUGGUUUUCCUUCUACAUCUUGGAACACUCCUCUGUCUAUUUUACCAACAUUUUUUGCUCUGGUUGUUGUACUAUUGUAUGUGAGCGGACUUAAUUCAGCACCUAUAGCCUUUUGUUGUGCUUUUCUGAUGUGUCUGCCUUCUUCAUUAGACUAUUACCUUUGAGAGCAACGACUAUUUUUCCUUACUCUGCAUAUUGUGCAUCCAAGACACUACUUGAAAUAUGGUUGGCAUCACUGGAGGUCUUUGAUUCAAUUAAUAUUUUGUAAUCUCUUUGUGGCAAAGCAUUUCCCUCCCAAUCUGGUGCUAGUAGAGUAUCUGCUGUCUCAGCACCAUGUGUGUGGCUCAUGUGUAUUAGGUGUUUCGUAAACAUUUCAGGACAGUUGAAGAUGUUCCAGGACAAGAAUUAGUACUCAUUUUAUGUCAUAUCAUACAAUGGCUGGUACGGUUUUAAUAUUAUGCCAUCGCUGAGGGUAACAUUUUAUAGAAUUAGUCCUUCAUGUAACAACUUUAGUGUUUUUGUACUGUUGUUAAUUUGCUUAAAAUUUUAUUCAAAAAUAUCACUUGCUAUAAAGGUAAUUGUAAAGACACUACAAUGAAAACCUAUUGUGAGUUUUUAUAAAAAUAAAUUUUAAAAUAAUAUACAAAUAAUACAUUUAAUUUUUUGCAAUGCUCUAUUUCUUAAAUGUCAACAUUUCCUUGCAGAAAAAUGCUGUUUUUUUUUAAUUUUAAAGAUUCAAUAUUCUGUAAUAUUUGAUGGUGAGCAUGAAGAAUACCCGCUUUUAAAGCAGUUUUCAAAGCUCAUUAUGCCAUUUCAUUGCCUAAGUGUCUUUUGCCUCUCUCACUGUUUCUGUUGCCUGUGGUUCUCAUCCCUUUCCUAGCUUCUCAGUACCACAUGCUUUCUGCAUGUAAAAUUGCAAAGGGCUGAGAGUGCUAAAUUGGUGUGAUUUAGAAAGGCUUCAGGGAGAAAGACUACUGUAAAAGAGGAACCCAAAAUGAAGAAUUUAAAUGAGGGAGCUUGGGUCAACUCUUUCCAGAGGAGUAAGUUUAUGAUAACGACAAGGAAAUUUUACGGAGUUUUGCCACAGGGUGUGUGAUGUCAAUACUCUUAUUCAGCUCAUUACAAGGGUUCCAAAGAGGUACUAAUAUGGCUGUUGUGUUUUACUUUUUCAUUAUAAACCAUUAUAUUGGGAAAGGCUUGAACUCCACUUUAGUGUAAACAUCCUUCCUCAUGGUACCAGUGAAAUGUAUUGUGUCCCCAUAUCCUACAGACUUUGAAAUAAAACCACAUCUUAUCAUUUA